AUGACAACAAAAACCCCUCCUCUACUCGAGCCAUAUCUUGGACUUCCGGCAGAAGCCUCCCUCAUAGUGCUGUCUGGCAUAUUAGGGGCAAGUACAAACUGGCUCGUGCUGCGACAUUUGUCCAGCUGUUUGGGUAGUGGUGGUGGUGGUGCCAGCAGCUUCAAACAUGAUGUCGAGCUAGACGGAAGCGCAGGGUCGCCAGGUGUUGACCAUGGGACGCCACCCGCAGUGCUGCUCGUGAGUUUCUUGCGGGAUUAUGGCUACUGGAAGGACAGUGCUGGGCGGUUGGGUAUAGACCUCACAGCCCUCGGCCGCAAAGGCCGUUUCGGCUUUGUAGAUGGCCUGACGGGGCUCUUCACGUCGACGCCCUCGGGAGCCACAAAUGCACAACCACCAGGGCCUUCUCCCAACUGGCCUCAGCUAUCAUGGGACAAGCGAACAGGAGUCAAUGGCAUCCAGGCCGCGAUACGCGCCUCCAUCGACUCCCUCCGCGCCACCUCCCAGAAGGUGAUGCUCGUCAUCGAUCAGCCUGACCUCCUCCUGGCAGCGACCGGAGCGACCGUCUCGGGGCUGCACGACAUGAUAUUGGAGCUGCGUGAGCACGUUCACGCAACAAUCAUCACAUUGUCGGCGGACGAGCCUCUCGUCGGCCAUCAGCAGCAGACCACACUGGAGAGGGAGCACGCAUCCUUGGCCCUGUCACUGGCCCACGAGGCCGACAUCCUGCUCGCCCUGCGCCUGCUGGAUACGGGCACCGCCAACGACGUGAGUGGUGUCGUGAGGAUCACGCGCGGCGGUGGAGCUGGCGGCGGCGAUGGCAGACGGCCUGUGGAGGAGCAUGAGUACCUGUAUCAUGUCGGUGGUGAUGGUGGUGUGAAAGUCUUUGAGCGUGGCCAGUAG